UAGCAACCAUAGUAUCAAGCCUAUAUAAAAUUCGGCGUGGCCGCGCGCGUCUGCUGCUGCUUUGAGCCGCUCAUAAGGCUUUGCAGAUCAUCUGACUUCAGUCUUGAUGAAGGAUGAGCUUCUCGGGCACAGACGUUGUCCAUCCUGCUGAUGCUCCCUCGUCUCGUCGUAAACUCUUGUGCACCCUCUGGUGCUUGCUAGUCUCCCAAACUUCUUUGUGUAGCCUGCUUUGCAGAUUGUCUUCCUUGUCUGUGUGGUUGCUCAUUAUUCAGAGACAGACGGAUCUCAGGUCAUCUGCAGCUGCAGCAAAGGAGAAGCAGGAAAGAUGGCGAUCAUCCAUUAGACCGACCGGGCGCACGCAUGAGAUACGAGGACAACUUUCGGGAGGAUCGCUCGAGGAGAAGAUUGAAGCAGUGAGUUUUGCUUUUAUAUUUCCAGUUUCGGCAAGAUUUACGUCAAGGUCUGCGAGAACGUCGGGGGUUUGGAGGAUCAUGGGAUUGAACGUGGAGAGCGCCUCGUGAAUGACCUGGAGCGCUUUAGCCGAGGUCCAGACGAGGAAGUCGGUGGCUUUAAUUUUUUUUUUAUUUUUUAGCCGCGUUGACUGGCACCCAUGCAGCCAGAGUCAAGUGGGUCUUCUCGCCGAUAUCCUUCCUCGAUUUCCCUGAUUUUCCAGGGAGCCUUUCCCCUUUUCUGUGAUGGAGGCGCUGCAGUGCGAUGGCUGUGACUUCCGCGCCGAGUCCUACGAUGACCUGAAGAACCACAUUCAGGAAGUGCACACUGCUUUCCUGCAGCCCGCCGACGCAGACGAGUCGGAUUCUGUGAGGGAUGAGAACGGGGACGAGGAGGAAGUGGAGGAAUAUGCGGAUAAGGAUGACAAGGAUUACACGCCCGCUAAAGCUGGAAUGAGCCCCAGCUCCACUGAGAGCCCCAGCCAAACAUCAACCAAGCCAACUGCUGAAACCCACCCGUCGUUUUUCCAGUGCAAGUUCUGCGUCCGUUACUUCAGAUCAAAGGGGUUUUUGAGAAACCACACCAGAAAGGUGCAUAAUGUCGUGGAGCAAGACUCAGACACGAGCGCUUCGUCCCAAACCGCUAAGCAGCCUAGAGACACUGUAAAAGUGCACAACUCAAAGGGGUAUUUUUGUGAACAUUGCUCAUACAAGUCAAAAUACCAAGCGAGGGUGCUAAAACACCAGUUGAUGUGUCAUAAGGUUCCCUCGGACACCGCUGGAGAUGAAGCAGGGGACACUGUUACUGAGGAGAAACUGGACUCUGAAAAUGUGAAGGGAACGUUCCCCUGUGAGUGGUGCGACUAUCAGACUGAUCAGAAGGACAGCUGGACUGAUCAUGUGGUUAAAGAGCACAGCGAUAAGGUCAAUGUGGUUUCCAGCGGUGCAAAACUGGAAGAGGAGGCAGGGGAACCAUCACCCAAACCCGACACUCCCUCACCUUCAGAAAGCCCAACAACAUCCAAGGUGUUCGCUGAGAAGGAGGACUCAUCAGGUCCGAUGGCUGACAAAAUGUUGGAAAACGCAACAGCAGAAAUUGCAAAUAUUCAGUAUACACACAUAAGCGCAGCAACGCCCAACAGCACAGGUUCAUCCAUUUUGUCCAAAAGGUUUGUCUCGUCCAACUGUGUCAUUAACACAAACUUAGCCAAUGAGGACGACUCCAGGAGCAGCUUAGAGGACGACGAUGACGAGCUGGAUAUGGAUGAUCCCAGCUACACCGGAACGCUGUCUGCAGACGCAAAGCAGCUGUUAACGGAUGACGACAACAAAUUACUGGAAACAAAAGGAAUACCCUUCAGAAAGUACAUGAACCGCUUCCAGUGCCCCUUCUGCUCCUUCCUCACCAUGCACAGGCGGAGCAUCUCCCGCCACAUCGAAAACAUCCACCUCUCUGGGAAAGCCACCGUGUACAAGUGUGACGAAUGCCCUUUCAUUUGCACCAGCCCCUUGAAGCUCGGCACGCACAAGCAGACCCACAAUCCCUCUGAUUUAGAGACGUUGGACCUAACGGGUGACAGUCCGGAGCCUCAGAAUGACGGUGCCACUUUGGAGUCGGUUAACGGCGGGAGCAUCAGCACCAGAGUCAAUGGAAAAAAGGCAACCAGCACGCCAAAUGACCAGCAGAACCCCCAUCGCUGCACACUCUGCAGUUUCUCCACCACCACUCUGAAAGGUCUGAGGGUCCACCAGCAGCAUAAGCAUUCCUACUGUGAUGACCUAGAUUCAUCUGUCUUUGAAAGCCAGAUUACUGACAACACGGAUUCUGAGGUGGAUGCUUCUCCGAUCUUUGUGCAGAAAACACAGACACCCAUUUUGGGACUUGCCACCAAAAAACCCUUAGCAUCGGGGAAACGAGCCAGAAAGUCCAUUAAUGACCUGCCUCUGGAUUUGUCCUCGGUGAAAAAGAGGACCAGAAUCGAUGAAAUUGCCAGCAACCUUCAAAGUAAGAUAAGCCAAAGCCAGCAAGACAUGAUUAUAAAUCUGGAUGACAUGGAUGAUGAGGACGCUGGAGAAAAUAGUGCAAGUGCUGACGAGGGCCGAAACUAUGACAACAACAAAAUCUUUGCCUACAACACCCACCAGCUUCUCGCGGUAGAGUCCGGAGUCUCUCACGAGGGAGGCAGAAUAGGGAAAAGAAAAAGUAACCCAAAGUCGAAGCCGAGGAGCAUUCCCAUAUCUCUCAUGCUCUCAGACGACGGCGAAAAUAUGUCGGUUGAUCCUAGCGACCACGCCCUCCAGGAUACCUUGGACUACUCAGACGAACCAGGAACCACGCGCUUCUACUGUAAACACUGUGAUUACCACAAUAAGUCGGCUCGAAGCGUCAGCACCCAUUACCAGAGGAUGCACCCGUAUAUAAAGUUUAGCUUUAAGUACAUCCUGGACCCAGAAGACCAGAGCGCAGUUUUCCGCUGCUUGGAGUGCUAUAUCGAAUACAACAAUUACAAUGAUUUGCACCAACACUACAUGGAUCACCACCCCGAGGCCAGCAACGUGCUCAACUUCAAUCAGCCGCAUCUGUUAUACAUGUGCCGCUUUUGCUCCUACACUAGCCCCAACGUCAGGAGCCUGAUGCCCCAUUACCAAAGAAUGCACCCCACCGUCAAAAUCAACAACGCCAUGAUCUUCUCCAGCUACAUUGUAGAGCAGACUCACAAAUCGGGUGAGUCGCAAACUCUCAGAGAGAUUUUAAAUUCUGGCCCCAAGAAUUUCAACUCGUCCUCUCCGGGGCCCAGGUCUUCCUCCAGCCCGGUGCUCAAGUCUGUCCCACGGUCCCCCGAAGCCAGCUCUGAGGCCGAGUCUCUCAAGGAGUCUGUGAGUGGCAAUGUGGUCGUGUACGACUGUGAUGUCUGCUCCUUUGCCAGCCCCAACAUGCACUCGGUGCUGGUCCACUACCAGAAGAAACAUCCGGAACAAAAAGCUUCAUACUUCCGUAUCCAGAAAACCAUGAAAGUGAUCUCUGUGGAUCAGUCGCAGCCCGUAGCCAACUCCUCUUUCAGCCCGAGUAUGUCAACCACGUCCAAACGGCAGAGUGCAGCCCUGUACGGCUCUGACGAAGACAUGUACUACUGUAAACACUGUGUGUACAGCAACAGAUCUGUGGUUGGAGUCCUGGUCCAUUAUCAGAAACGGCACCCAGAGGUGAAAGUGACGGCUAAGUACAUCAAACACGGUCCUCCCACCCCAGCUCUGAUUAAACUAAUGGAUGAUUUGCAAAUAGCAGCUCCCAAGCAGUUUUUGAAGCAGCUCCAGAAUAACGGUUACGACGGCUCCAGUAAUUCAAGUCCCAAACCGGGCAGCAGCGAUAAAGGCAAGGACGAGCUGUUUUUCUGUCAGCACUGUGAUUACGGCAACCGCACCGUCAAAGGAGUUCUCAUUCACUACCAGAAGAAGCACAGGGAGACAAAAGCCAACGCCGACCUCGUGCGCCGCCACACCGCAGUGGUGAGGAGCCAGCGCGAGCGUGCUCAGAUGGUCCAGGCAGGCAGUGCCUCGUCUGCUGCUACCUCAGCGCCAUCAGACCCUGAAAACGCGGCGCCUCUACGCUCCCUGAAGUGCAGACACUGUUCCUUUACGUCGCCGUACGUUUAUGCCCUGAAGAAGCACCUGAAGAAGGAGCACCCCACUGUGAAAGCAACAGCUAUGACCAUUUUACACUGGGCUUACCAGGAUGGUAUUCUGGAGGCGGGCUAUCACUGUGAGUGGUGCAUUUACUCCCAUUCUGAGCCCCAGGGCCUGCUGCUCCACUAUCAAAAACGCCACCCGGAACACAAUGUAGACUACGCAUAUAUGGCCAGUAAACUGUGGGCCGGGCCGGAAACCACCCAACAAGGGGGCAGCAUGGAGGGCAAACAUUACAAAUGCAAAGACUGUGCCUUUGAGGCGUGUUCUAUAUGGGACAUCACCAGUCACUAUCAAGCUGUCCACCCCUGGGCUAUCAAAGAGGACGAAUCAGUUCUCCUGGACAUCAUCAAAGGAAACGGCUCAGAUGAAAACAUCCACCAGCAGGUUGCCAAGGAACACGAUUCUCUGAAUUGCCAGGCUAUUGAUGAUGACGGAGCUCUUGUCAUUGCCACUUCACCUCAAGAAAGCACUGCUCAUCACUCCCACCCACGCCUUUCCAUCUCCAAUAAUCCUUACCAAUGCACUGUAUGUCUGUCAGAGUAUAACAGCCUUCACGGCCUCCUCACCCACUACGGGAAGAAGCACCCGGGCAUGAAAGUCAAAGCUGCAGAUUUUGCACAGGAGGCAGACAUCAACCCCAGCUCCGUGUACAAAUGCCGCCACUGUCCGUACGUCAACUCUCGCAUCCACGGCGUCCUCACCCACUACCAAAAAAGACACCCGCUGGUGAAAGUCACCGCUGAAGACUUUGCGGACGACAUAGAGCAGAUCACGGAGCUGCACGACGGUGAUGACAAGUUCAAAACCCAGAGGCAGGGCUACGGCGCGUACAGGUGUAAAAUGUGUCCAUACACUCACGGGACGCUGGAGAAACUCAAAAUCCAUUAUGAGAAAUACCACAAUCAGUCUGCCUCUGAUAUGUUCACGGCAUCCAUGACACACUUCACCCCGUGUAAAGAUACAGAGCCAGUGGCUGAGUGCAGCGCCAGCAACAUGUCAACGGUGCAAGUUCAGGAGGUGAGCGAGCUGGACUUCGCUCUGUCUCAGUUACCCAUCAAUAAAACAGAGAAGCACGCUGUGUUCAAGUGUCAGCUCUGCAAGUACUUCUGCUCCACCAGAAAAGGCAUCGCACGCCACUACCGCAUUAAACACAACAACGUGCGCGCUCAGCCAGAGGGCAAAAACAAUGUCUUCAAAUGUGCUCUAUGUUCAUACACUAACCCUAUACGUAAAGGCUUGGCAGCCCACUACCAGAAGCGACACGAUAUCGACGCCUAUUACACUCAUUGUCUGGCUGCCUCAAAGACAAUAAGCGAAAAGCCCUGCAAAGUUCUAGCGCCACUGGCCUCUGAGAGGGAAAGUUCCGAAAUGAGCGAAGACCUGCGCUUGGCUAUAGAGAGCCGACACUGCAAUCUUUGCAGCUUCCAAGCCUUCAGCAGGAAGAGCAUCGUCUCGCACUACAUCAAACGCCACCCGGGUGUGUUUCCUAAGAAGCAGCAUUCCAGCAAACUCGGUCGCUACUUCACCGUCAUUUAUGCCAAAGAGCCGGACAAAGAUGAAAGUGCGUCUGUGGAAGAAGACAAGGACAUCCUGGAAGUUCAGUUUGAGCCGGAGCAGGACAUGGAGAAUGACUGGCUGCCGUUCAAGUGUCUAAAAUGCUUCAAGUUGUCCUUUCGCACAGGCCAGCUCCUCUCUAUGCACUAUAACGACCAUCACAACGUAGACUUGAAGAGAGACUUCCUGGUGUCUUCUGAUCCAGAGGACGAAAACGAGGAGUUAUACCGUUGUUCUCACUGUGAGCUGCAGUUCCCGGCUCUCCCGGAUUUGGCUAAACAUCUUUUGAAACACAACGAGGAAUUCCAGAAGAGAGCCAUGAGGCAGGAGAGGCGGAAACAGCUUAUAAGCAAACAGAAAACAGAGCUGCUGGACCACAAACUGGAGAAGGAAUCUCCUAUAGGUAAAACGCCAGUGGGAUAUAGGUGCAACUUCUGCAUAGAAAUUCACCCGACCCUCCGGGCAAUCUGCAACCACCUUAGGAAACAUGUCCAGUACGGAGAGGUCAAAGAGGGACACAUCAAGCAGGAAGUAAGUGAAGUCCCGCUAAUAUUGCCUUUGAAGAACCUGACCAACGGUGACCUGGAUGGAGAAGAAGCGGCUGAAGUUGAUGACCUUGAGAGAGCCGGAACCUCCACCGUUGGCUCACCAUAUUCCACAGCGUCUGGUGGAGACAGUGGCGGCCUUCCUGUUGCUGUGGAGACACUGGAUCAGGAAACAGACUCUAAUGAAGGGAAAUCGGCGGCCCUGGUGGCCGCAGCCCGGGCCACAGUUUCAGACAACCAGCUGAAGCUGCGUUUGGCAGCGGGCGGUCACGCGUGCGCUCAGUGCGACCGUGUCUUCAUGUCCAUGCAGGGUCUGAGGUCGCAUGAGAGGAGCCACUCCGCCAUGGCUCUGUUCAGCAGAGAGGACAAGUACAGCUGCCAGUACUGCCAGUUUGUGUCACCUUUCAGGCACAACCUGGACAGACAUAUGCAGACUCACCACGGGCACCACAAGCCCUUCAAGUGCAAGUUCUGCCCCUUUAAAUCUGCCUACGCCAGUCGCUUGAAGAGCCACCUGCUAAAGGCUCACACGGGCGAGCAGCACACGUACAAGUGCUCGUCCUGCCCGUUCUCCACCAUGACCAUCAGCCAGCUGAAGGAGCAUUCCCUGAGGGACCACGGCGAGGCCUUGACCCUCCACAAGCUCCGGGCCGCCUCCCAGGCCGCGCACGCCGCCGUCAGGACUUCCCGACUGAUCGCCAGUAUGGAGCAGACCCCCAUGCUCUCAGACGAUUCGACAUACCAGGAGCCCGCUGAUGUUUGUCAGCAGUUAAAUCACUACAAACUGGCCUCCCGCAGUCAAAUGUCUUCCUCCUCCAAAGUGGGCGGGCUCACAGCUCCCGACGUCAUCCUCACGUGCGAGUUCUGCGAGUUCAGCUCCGGCUACAUGCAGAGUCUGCGCCGGCACUACCGGGACCGCCACGGCGGGAAGAAGCUCUUCAAGUGCAAAGACUGCUCCUUUUUCACCUGCAACAAUACUACCUUCAUCGUACACGUUGAAGCCGGCCACAACAACAGCAGCAACAACAAUGCACCGCAAGAGCUUCCCGAUGACCUGCGCUGUCCUCUCUGCCUCUACCACACCAAACACAAGAGCAACAUGAUAGACCACAUAGUUCUGCACAGAGAAGAGCGUGUUGCCCCACUGGAGGUCAGCCGCUCCAAGCUCUCCCGCCAUCUCCAGGGUUUGGUGUUCCGCUGCCACAAAUGCACUUUCACGUGCUCCAGCGACCAGGCCCUGCAGCUGCAUCUGCAGAAGCAUGAGGAGAUCAGGCCCUACAAGUGCCAGCUCUGCUACUUCGACAGCAGCCGGCAGAGCCAGGUGGAGGAGCACCUACGCACCGAGCACAAGGUUAUUCGCAACUUUGAGCUGAUGGUGCGCGUCAACCUGGACAUGUUGGAGAUGCUGAAAGAACAUGGCAAUAGCACAGAGGACGAAGAGGACGAGCUGGACCUCAUGGAGAUGACCAUGGAUGGACAAGACCCCCUGGAGGAAGAAGAAGAGGAAGAGGAGGAGGAGGAGGAAGAGGUGGAGGAGAUUGAGGACGAAGAGGAGGCAAGAGACAUCAUGGAGGGCAUGAUUGAUGGAGAGGAGGCGGAGGACUGCUUCAAAGAGGAUAUAGGGGGGGAAGAGGAGGAUGAAGAGGAGCAGGUGAUGGAAGAAGAAGAGCUGGAGGAGGAGGAGGAGGAGGAAGAGGUGGAGGAAGAGCAGGAAGAGAAAGAGGAGGUCAAUGAGCCAGAAGUGGAAAAUCCUGCACAACAAGAAGUCAUUGCAUCGCCCAUCAGCAACUCUGGCUCUGGGCCAAGCAGUGGAGAAGUGCAGGAGAAGCGUCUUCCCUGCGAGUUCUGUGGACGCUGUUUCACCAACAGUCAGGAAUGGGAGCGCCACGUCCUUCGACACGGCAUGGUGGUGAACAACGCCAGCUCCGCCCCGGCCACAGAGACCUCCGCUCCGUCUUCCACCGGCUCCUCGGCGCCCGAAGACUCCAGACCGGAGCCGGCCGGAAACGGCGAGGAGGAAGGAAAUCCUGCUGAGCUGUUGCUGACGAGUCAAAGCCAACAUGUGGAAGACAAAGAAAAGCUCGACACCAAAAAGGAUCAACAAUCCGGUUGAUCUGAUUGUUGCCUCUGGAAUCUCGUGGUAGAAAAAUGGGUAGAAUCCACCUGAAAAUAGGACAGGAAAAAAACAAAAAAGAGAAAAAAAGUGACUUUUUAUUGAGUUGGUGCAUUAGUACAUUUUAGGUGUUACAUAUACAAGUAUUAGGUUGUGCUGCAUUAAACGGCUGAGCUCUCUAAAUGGGCAGUCCCAUAGGACAGAUCUUAUUAUAUUGGUAACCAAUAGUGAACAGAAACUCUUUAUUGCUGACAUUCUGGUCAAAUCUACAGUGAAAGAUCCAACUUAGAUAAAACUAAGCUAUUUAUGAAGACUUUGGUCAAAAACGAAAUUUAGCAUUUUUAUUGUUUGAAGCACCUUUUGCUGUUACUCCGCUUUGCUCAUCCAAAAACAGGAGUUCUGUGAAUUUACGAGCAGGGUUACGAAAGCAUUUCUAACCUUGGCCCACUAUAGAGCUGCCAGUUUCCAGAUUUCUGUUUUACCUCGUUUUUUAUUUUAUGUUCAGUUUGUCAGAAUCUGUAUGGAAGUGGCACCUUACUUGCUGUUGUAAAUCACGUUCUCUCCGUUCCGAAGGAUUUUAACCGUUUGCAAACUGUUGGAAUUUAGGUCAUGUAAAAGCUGUUAAUCUGUGACGUCCUUUUUUUUUAACAGUAGUUUGGUUUGGGGAACCGGAUCGAGCCCCAGCCGUUCGUUCAUUCAGCAUCAACCUGGAACUAAACCAGAAUUUUACAACAUUUGGCCUCUUGACCUCAAAUCAGACACGCCCAUCGUGCGUCCACGAACAGCGUGAGAUCAUCUGCGUAGAGACUGUGCACGAAGUGCCUUAAAGCGCAGUGACCGUUUUGCUAAUCAAUUCGAAAUAUGGAAAAAAAUGCUCAAAUUUGACCUUAAAUUUCACUUUCAACUAUUAGAUUCCGUGUUUAUCGUAAAGACUUUGUAAGUUUCAAGACGUCGGUGUCAUAAUUUAAAAACAUUUGUUGUUUGUCUUCCGAGUCGUAGAUGGUAAUAGGUGUGUUUGAGAUCACCUGCAGGCGGAGAAAGGCGGCGAGACUAAAUGAAAACAGGAAGUCUGGAUUGUCCUAAACAUUCGGUUGAAUUUGAUCUUUACUAUUGUGUAUUUUAUAUUAAUUUUAAACAUCUUUCAGGGGACAACAGAUGAAAAAUAACCGCUGGGUUCAUUUAAUGCACACUUUCCCAAAACAAUUAACUAAACUUUUAAAGGUAACAACAAAAAACAGAUGGUUUAAAAUCUUUUUUUAUUUUUACAUCCCUACUUUCCAGAAAGAGUUAUAAAAUACACAGAUUUCUGAUUAGCAUCACUUCAGGACUCCAUUUCCCAUGAUGCAAUGUUUUGUAAUCGUUAAGGCAGCUUGCAGUCAGCGCAGCACCUAUUUUCUCACCUAAGUUUCAAUCAUCCUUUUCUCACGAUAGUUUUGUGACGCUGGUGCAAAAAGCUAAUUAGCAUACGCCGCGCUGCACGCGAUUUCGGUCAUCUCAAACACGCUUAUUAUUAAUCACUUUGCUCCUCUAUCUUUGCAGCUGUCGUAGUUGUUUUACGUGUUUUAUUUUUUCGUGUCAAGAAGGCCACGAGUGAAAUUCCUGGCUACGUUUUGAGCCAUGUUGGCUUUUUUAGGAUCUUUUGCCAUUUUCCACAAACUCACCUGCAAAGGUUCCCGUUCUGCUGUGUCCACCGGAAAGACAGGUGUCAGAAGGUUGCUAAAGUCUUUAAAAAAAAAAAAAGACAAAAAAAACCCAACACGUCUCGUUGUGUGUUGACAAAUCCGUCUGUUUGCAGUUUUGUUUUUCUUCUAGGUGAUGUUGACAAAAAGGCAGAGAUUGUAUUUGUCGGAAAUUGCUGCUCGAAUGCCCUAAAGCCUUAUGAGAGAUGAAGUCAAACUUGAGUCCAGAAAUACAGACGUCUAUUGAAUAAAAUUAAAAAAAGCUGAAACAUAACGGCCAAAAGCCUGAAAAGUAACAAGGGAAAGCUGACGGGGAUGUUGUUCUUGGUACUCAGAUAUCUGCCAAGCCUGCUGCGUUUGCUGCUUCUUCUCUCCGGUCGGUAAAAAUCUGGUUGAAUUGAAGCCGCGUGGACUUCACGUCUGCAGCCAUGUAUAGAAACUACUCGUUUAGUGUUUGAACUGUGGUGUUUCAGAACGGAUUAUUUAACCCUGCUUUCCUUUAGGUGUUCUCAGUUUUUAAAGGACAAAAAAAAACAACUUCUCCUCAAAGGGGGCGGGGUUUAAGUCCCUGUCCGACAUUAUUGUACAAUGAAAAUGUCCUCCUUUCGUACUGUAAUGAGAGCGGUGGCAGGAGAGGCGUAGUUUCCUCACCUUCCUCCAGUCGGACCUGCUUGCUUCUCCUCCUCUGAGCUUGAGCCCAGUCUCUAUUCUGACACUCCACUGUCCAUUCACUGUGGGGGGGUAAAGGUAGCAGCCCUCACUCUCCGCCUCGCCACUCCCGCGUUUGACCUCAGAGCAGCUUUGUGUUUGGCGGGGCCAACUCGUCUCGUCUUGUAGGAAUAAGCUCGGCGAGGGCAGCUCGCCGCCCAACCCAACGGGACACAGAAGAACCGCUCGGGACAAUCUGGGUGCAAAGCUGUCGACCCGACACCGUUUGUUGUUGUGUGAUUAUUUGACUCUGAAUCCCCUCACUGUGUGCAGUCUCCGGGCUGUGAUCUUCCCAGUUUACCCAAAGUGAAGCCCCUGCUGAAAACACACUGGAUACCUGUAUAUAUGUUUAGUUCUGAUGCAUUUCUCUUUUCAGACUGUUGUCUCCAUAGUUUGAAACUAGGAUUUCUCCUUCUUGCCUUUUUUCCCAUAUAAAUCUGAUGGUGGGUUGUGAUGUUGCCUAGAAUGAUUGUUUACAAUUUUAUUCCAUUUAUCUCUGGAUAUUCUGUAAAUAUUGUAAUUCAUUGUCUUUUUUUAACUUGAUAAUAAAGUUAUCAGAUAACAGAG